AUGGCUGCCGCGCAGGAGGUGAGACGUGAACCAAUUCAAGCCGUUCAAGUUUUCGGCCGCAAGAAAACCGCCACAGCAGUUGCUUACUGCAAGCGUGGCCAUGGAGUUCUCCGUGUCAAUGGUCGUCCCUUAGACUUGGUAGAACCUCGUCUUCUUCAAUACAAACUUCAGGAACCCAUUCUGUUGUUAGGCAAGGAAAAGUUCUCUGGAGUUGACAUCAGAGUUACAGUCAAGGGUGGAGGUCAUGUCGCACAAGUUUAUGCUAUUAGACAGGCCAUUUCCAAAGCUCUUAUUGCUUUCUACCAGAAAUUCGUAGACGAAGCCUCAAAGAAGGAAAUCAAAGACAUCCUCGUCCAAUACGACAGGAGUUUGUUGGUGGCUGACCCCAGACGCUGCGAGCCCAAGAAAUUCGGAGGACCAGGUGCUCGUGCCAGAUACCAGAAGUCCUACCGUUAA